AUAUAUAUAUAUAUAUAUAUAUAUAUAUAUAUAUACCCAUUGUUGCUCCUUUUGUCUGUGUUGCGCUGUUUCAUGCUAUACUGUAUCAUAUCCAGCGAAUUCUGUCCAUUAGUAAUCAAGGUGUAUCGUUUGUAGCUUGCUCCGAUACGAUCAUUGUGUAUAAUUUGUUGAUUUUUGUAAUGAGAGUGGAAUGGAAGAGGUGAAAUUGCUUGCAAUUAUGUCAUGUUAAUUCAUUUGCUUUCUCACCACGACUAUUUCAAAAGCCACAGAGAUUAUUAGCCGGGUUCUUAAGAGUGUUUCUCUUGUUAAUAAUUCAGAAAUCUUAUAUUCUGUCACUAGAACCGUAAAAAUACCUAAAAGUCCGUGUAACUUCAACUAGAGCCUUUUUAAAAUAGUGGUGUGGCACAGAAGUGUUUCAGAAAGUGGUCCUAAAAGUUAAUGGAGUGGAUAUAAUGAUAUAGAUGGCGCAAUAUCUCUUGUAUGUUAAUCCUUCGAAAUAUUAGUACUAGUCUAUUAACACGAGCUUGGAAGAAAAUGGCAUAAGAUCACUACGACUAUUAUAAAUCGAAUUACUAAUAUUUGCCAGAUUACUGAAACUGCAUGAUGACUUGUGAGGGACAAAUACAUUCCGUUCUUUUAUUUGAUUUAAAAGAGAGAGAGAGAGAGAGAGAGAGAGAGAGAGAGAGAGAAAGAGAGAGACGCAUGAUGCGGUAAAAGCGCUUGGACGGCGUUGGAAUACACGUGGCGCGUGUCUGUUCCUACCUUCAUCUGCAGCAGGAGGACAAGGAAGGGGCAUGGCAGCAGGUCCCGCCACGCUGCUUCAGUCCCAGGGGGCGGGGAAGGGCGAGGCGUAAGGAAGUGAGCGCCAUGGUGUAGUGAUGAUGCAGCCUCCCUUGUGGUGCCGCGAUACCUUCAAGAGUCUGUGCGCCUUCAUCAGUAGCAGGAAGAUGUCCACGUUUCCUGCCACGCUGAUGCGCUCCCUGGUGGCGUGGAGGGGCAAGGCGAGGCGGGACGGCAGGCCUUGCUGUGUGGAUGAAGCCACCUCACCUGCCAUGGCCAGGUACUUGCAGGAGUUACUGGGCACCAAGGCGGAUGGCGAGGGGGAGGUCGCAAAGAACAGCCCGCCUGACCCCAACGCUGAUGUCUGCUUCAUGAUAGAGAGUCCCUACAGGGUGCUCAAGGUGGCUGCUAAGGGAGAUGUGGAGCAGCUGAGGAAGAUGUGCCUGGAUGACCCCACCAAACUGACCUUGAAAGACCGCCGUGGAUGGACCGUCGCCCACCACGCCGCCGCCCACGACCGCCCGCAUGCCCUUGUCUUCCUCCACAACCAAGGCGCAGAUUUGGAGGCGAAGGAUGACAAUGGUGACACUCCGUUCCAUGUGGCAGUUCUCAAGGAUGCGAUGGAGGCCUUAGACACUUUGCUUGACUGUGGAGUCAACACCAGCAUCACAAACUUGCAAGGAGAUGCGCCCAUUCAUGUGGCGAUAAACAACAACAAGAUAAGCGUGGUGGGUCUCCUGACUCGGCGUCACCAACAUGUGGACUUGUUCCAGAAAGACUCCAGAGGCCGGACACCCCUCCACCUCGCAGCACACUAUGACUUUGCCCAGUGUGCCAAGGCUGUGUUGGAGAGUCCAGGCUUCAACAGGUGCCCAAAUGAAGCAUGCAACUAUGGCUACCACCCCAUCCACCUGGCAGCGCGCAAUGCCUCCGUGGGAGUGCUGGAGGCACUGCUCAGGUUUGCGGACAGUCGAGGGUGCAUCAGGGAGAAGAUGAUCACUAUACCUGACCUGGAGGGGAACGUGCCACUACACCUGGCUGUCCACGGGGGAGAAAUCAAGGCAGUGGAGCUGUGCCUGCGAAAUGGUGCCCUCAUCUCUACUCAGCAGCAUGACUCCUCCACUCCAGUCCAUCUUGCCUGCUCUCAAGGCUCCUAUGAUAUUGUCAAGCUUAUGUUUACUCUACAGCCUCAGGAGAAGAAGAAGGCGUUGGCCACCCAGGAUGCCCAGGGCAUGAGUCCCCUCCACUGUGCUGCAAUGUUUGACCACCCACAGCUGGUGGCCUACCUUCUUGAUGAGGGUGCAGAUAUAGACAUGGUGGACAAGGAGCACAGGUCACCGCUACUCCUCGCUGCAGCUCACAGAGGCUGGCGGAGCAUUGGUGUGCUGCUGUCACAUGGUGCUGACCUCACUAUCAGGGACUCCAACCACAAGAACAUUCUGCAUGUGGUGGUGAUGUCUGGAGGAUGUCUCAUUGAGCUCCUUUCCCUCAACCAGGCGCAGGAGUCUUGGUGGAAAUCAAGAAUCACCCACAUGCUGAAUGAACAAGACUCCCUAGGCUGGUCUCCCCUGCACCACGCCUCCAGGGCUGGCCAGAUCAGCUCCCUUGCCUAUCUCCUGCGACUCGGGGCAUCCGUCAGAACCAAGGACAAGAGGAAUGAGAGUCCUUUGCAUUUUGCUGCCAAGUAUGGGCGUUACAACACUGUGCGGCAGCUGGUGGAGUCCCUGAAUGGCUUCCUGAUUCUGAAUGAGUGCAAUGAUGAGGGAAAGACAGCGCUGCACAUUGCCAGUGAGGAAGGACACACACGCGUGGUGCAGCUGCUCCUGGGGAAGGGUGCACUGCUCCACCGUGACCACCAGGGCCGCACUCCCCUCCACCUGGCUGCGGAAGGAGGUCAUCUGGCCACGCUGACAGCCAUCCUUGCGGUCCACUCACACACACUUGACCAGACUGAUAAAGAAGGAAACACACCCCUACACUUGGCUGUCUGCGCUAACAAGCCAGAGGUGGUGAGUCAGCUGAUGACACUGAACUGUAAGCUGGUAGAGAACAACAGCAAAUGUACACCCAUUGACAUCGCCCUCCACUACAAGCUGUUUGAGGCGUCCCUGGCCCUCGUCACACAUCCCAGGGGGCCUAACGAGGUGUUGUCAACAUCGAGUCAGCUGAAUGGGUGUAUCUGCAUGGCCCUGAUCCGCACACUGCCCCGUGUGUUUGAGGCGGUGCUGGACCAGGCCAUCGUGAGGGCCAACGUCAAGGAAACCUCCAGGAAUUUCUUUAUCAAGUACUCGUUCUACCCCUUCGAGAUGAACAAGGAGCAGCUGGAGGGAGAGCGGAUCAGGAAAAAGGACCCAAAGUUCAGGCCACUACCUCUCUAUGCCUGCAAUGCCAUGGUGGACUGCAGAAGAGUGGAGUUGUUGAUGCAUCCACUUACCCAAACCUUUCUGGAGAUGAAGUGGCGAGCAUAUGGGAAGUACAUCCACUUGUCCUUCCUCAUCAUUUACCUGGUGUUUCUCUUCCUUGUCACCUUUUUUGCCCUUGGAUACCUGGGCCACAGCAUCCACAUGGUUCCUGCUAACUUCACCACCUCCUCCACCUUGUACUCUUCCACCACUCCCUGCACACCUCAAUUUGUUUAUGAGCCACAGGAAGCCUCAGGGUGUAUCUACUUCUCUGCCGUGGCCAUCCUGGUGUUUGCUGUGCUCAACAUCCUCAAGGAGCUGGUGCAGCUUUACCAUCACAAGCUAAAGUACCUAGCAGAGGGGAUCAACAUGGUGGAGUGGACCAUGUACCUCACCUCGACUUGCAUGGUACUGCCAGUCAUUGUGGGUGGUGAAUGGAAGGCCCAACAGUUCAACUCUGCCUCCCUUGCUGUCUUCACUGCCUGGUUCACCCUCCUGCUGUACUUCCAGAGGUUUGACCGCAUUGGCAUCUACAUUGUCAUGUUCCUGGAGAUCCUCAACACUCUCAUCAAGGUCCUGCUUGUCUUCUCUGUCCUCAUCAUUGCCUUCGGCCUGGCCUUCUACAUCCUCAUGUAUCCUGGCAGCCACCUCUCAUUCUCCUCGGUGCCCAUGUCAGUGAUGCACGCGUUCUCUAUGAUGCUUGGCGAGGUGGACUUCCUUAAUAUCUUCGUGUAUCCAUAUUUUGGCGAGAGCACCAAGGGGGACCUGCUGCUCUUCCCCAUCACUACUUUUGCUCUCCUUCUUAUAUUUAUGAUCCUGAUGCCCAUCCUGCUCAUGAACCUGCUGAUUGGUCUGGCUGUGGGGGACAUUGAAAGCGUUAAGAAGAAUGCACAGCUGAAGAGAAUUGCCAUGCAGGUUGAGAUGCACACAGACCUGGAGAACAAGUUGCCAGAGAUGCUGAUCCAGAGGGUGAACAAGACAGAAGUCCUGGUGUACCCCAAUGCAGUGUGUGGCUCCAACUGGAUCCACCGCAUCCUAGGUGCUUUAAACUUUGCCUGCCCCAUGAACGCCAGUAAGGAUGUAGACUCUGAGGCACAAGAUAGCAAGAGUGCUGAGGAGUACCUGUGGGAGGAAAUAGAGGAUCAGAGGAAGUACCUCAAGGACAUGUCAGGUGUGCUGGACCAACAGACCAAGCUGCUGCGUCUCAUUGUGCAGAAGAUGGAGAUCCGCAGCGAGGCAGACGAGUGUGAUGAGGGCGUGUCCCUGGAGGAGAUCAUCCGUGCGCCCUCUGUCACCCGCAGGUUCCAUUCAUCAUCCGCAGUGAGGAGGAUGCCAGUGCCCAAAAAGGACAUCUGAAAGAUUCACCAGGAGGAUCAUGAGUCAUCAAGUGGAUUUUGAGUCAUAAGUCAUUGGCCUGUAUUCUGAAACACUUCUGCCUGCACCUUGACUACUAUCAAAAGGCUUUAGUUGCAGUUACAUGGAUUUUUAUGACUGUUUAUGCAGUUCCAGCAACAGAUUAAGAAGAUUUCGGUAUUAUCAGCAGGAGAAACACUCUUUAGAACGCAGCUAAUCAUCCUUGUGGCCUGUGAAAAUAAUUGUAAUGAAAGAUUAAAGCAUUUCUGAUACAAGGCAUUGCAGUGUAAGCAUGUCUUUUAGUGCCCAAGUGGACUUUCAUUAUGAAAAUCAAGUCACCACAAUAAUUGAGUCAUCAAGAGUUGUCCUGCAUCAAGAGGAAUGAGUCACUAAGAUGAUUGAGUCAUCAUGAGGAUUUUCACCAAAAUUGAGACAUUACUCACCAGCUCUCAUUCAUCAGGAAAAAGGGAACCAGUGUGACUCAAGGUUAAUUCUUCACUCACCAAAGAUGCCCAUAGAAUCACCAAUCAGUCACCAGUGAACUCACCCACAACUCAAAUGACUGAUUCUGAGGAGUCACCAUCAACACAAACCUGAGUCAUCAAGAUGACCCUGAGUCACCAAGGAGUCCCAGAACCACCGUGAAGGAAGGAGUGAGUGUUGCUGCAGACCACCACAUUUCCUUCAGCCUGACUAACACUGUCAUCAUGUACCUUUAGAUAUACUUAGACUAACCUCAUUCACUCAAGUAGCUGUAGAGUUCUUAGAGUCCUCAUGAGUCACAAGUGAGUCAUGUACUGUUGGUUGUUGCACUAUAUGUGUAUUGAGUCAUUAGUAGAAUCAUCAUUAUUUAGGGGAAUGGCAGUUUACGAAUGAGUUAUGUACAUUUCUUGAAACCAUUUGCAAAUUGAGUAUUCCUAGGGGAGAUUAGCAGUAUUUAUUUUACAUGUAUUUUUAGUUUUCAAUUUGUUGAAGUAAAUAUGGUGAGAUUUUUAUUCAUAGAUUUGAAUUCCAGAGUCUCUCUCUCUCUCUCUCUCUCUCUCUCUCUCUCUCUCUCUCUCUCUCUCUCUCUCUCUCUCUCUCUCUCUCUCUCUCUCUCUCUCUCUCUCUCUCUCUCUCUCUCUCUCUCUCUCUCUCUCUCUCUCUCUCUCUCUCUCUCUCUCUCUCCAAUCAGGGUGAAGGACACUAUUUUGCUAAUAAUGUUAAAAUUUUGUAAUGUUUCUUUUGUAAAUUUAGAGAUUAUUCUUCUUGAUGUAUUUAUCUGUCUAUAUUUAAGGCAAUUUUUACAUUGAUCAACAGACGUGAACUUGACAUUCGUAAAUCAACACAAAGGACAAAAUUACUUAAUUCGUAAGUCACACAUUCGUAAACUUGUCUGUAUUAAGUAGUCUAUACCCGUGCUUGUAGUACUUAGGUGUAAAGUGUCUGCUAUUCAGUAAAGUGUAGCCGUGGUCUUAGGAAUAGGUAGGGCAGGAAAUAAUGUUCCCUUCCCUACCUGGUCCUAACAGCCUGAAGUGAAACAGCCUGCCAUACUCACCUUCACUUUCCUGAGGAUUUUCUUCUGAUCUGCUGAGAAUCUGUCACCUUCCCUCUAUCCCAAGUCCUCUGAACUGCCAGGAGUCUGUCUGCUUUCCUCGAGCUUAAGUGUCCUGAUGGAAAAAUCUGUCAGUUUCAGUCCUCAGUCCUCUGGUGUGUUGAGAAUGUGUCAGUUUUCCUCAAUCUGAUGAUCUGCUAAGAAUCUAUCAGUUGUUCUCAGUCUCAAGUCCUGUGAUGUGUUUAAAAUCUGCCAGAGUCUCACGGUCUCAAGGCCUCUGUCUGCUAAGAAUAUCACUUUCCCUCAAGCCUCAAAUGCUCUGAUCUAAGAAUCUGUCAUUUUCUCUCAGACAAAUUUUCAGACUUUUAUUUAUUUAUUUUUUUUUAUUAUGUUUUUCCAAUCUUGUCUUCUGAUCUGCCAAGAAUCUGUCAGUCGUCAGAGGAAGUUGUCAUGGCCCGAGGUCUUAAGAUUGACGGAAAGGUUAGACACAAGUGAAAGUGGUGUGUUACUUAACUAUUGGCCACUGGCUGUACCUCUUAGUACAGCAGAAUUCUAGUCAUAGUAAUAGCUGUAUUUAUUCAUUUAUGUACUAUUUCUGUAUUUUCACCACUGCAUAUUACCUAAUCAGUCUCAUAAUGCUGUAAUGUGAUACUUCAUGCAUAAUACACACUCACAAAUCGUCAUUGUA